CUCCUAUAUCAUCUAUUAUUGUGACACCGAACAAUCACCGUGAUGCGGAACCCGCCUCCGACCGUCAGAACCACCAGGUCCGUCUCCGUGGCUGCCCCUUCGGUCAUGCGCACUAUCCCCACGCGGUCGGUCAUCUUACCCGCCACCGAGGAUGACGUGGCCGAGCACUACGUCGUUAUACCCCCGGACGGUGGCUGGGGAUGGGUAGUGGUGGCCGUGGCCUUCGUCUGCAACUUCAUCAUCGAUGGCACCACGUAUACCUUCGGGAUUUUCUUGACGGACAUCAGCAAGACGUUCGAGGUGCAUCCUACGAAAGUGGCGUUGGUCAGCUCGCUUCUCAGCGGAUUCUAUUACUUUGCAGGUCCUUUGACUUGCGCGCUGGCCAACAAGUUCGGCUUCCGGUGCGUGGGCAUCAUGGGCGGCCUGUUUUCAGCAGCCACCUUCCUCGUCUCGAGCUUCCUCGAGGACUUCUUGGCCUUCCUGCUGGUGAUAGGCGUGUGCGCGGGCAUCGCCUUCAACAUGGUCUACACGCCGUGCAUGCUUGUCGUCGGAUUCUAUUUCGAGAAGUGGCGUGCACUGGCUACCGCAAUUUCGGUCACUGGUACUGCCAUAGGCAUCAUGGCGUUUCCUCUGGUGAUGGAACAGCUGCUGGGGAAUCUCCAUUGGAGGACCAAGUUCCAGAUUUUGAGCGCCACCUGCGGCUUACUGGCUGUGCUGGUCAUAGCCUUCAGACCGUUGAAGGCUACCAAGAUUAUCGGUGGGGACAAGAAAGUAACAUUCAACGAUUCAGACUCGAUCGGCAGUUUUCACGUCGAAGACGAAGAAGAAGUGUCAGAAGAAAACACUUUCAGUAUAAAGAGAAUAUUUCAAGAUUUCCAUAACAGAUUCUUUCCGACAGUGGAGGAAGUAGCCAUUGGUAGCCACGAUCCUUCCCGAAGGCAAACAGGAGAGACCUUCCUGGCAAUUCUCCCAGACGAUGGCGUCAGCGAAUUUAGUUUCACGAGAAGCUGUUUCAGGGUUAGCGCCUCGGUAGCCCCUUCGACUGUGAUGGCGCAGGCAGAGGUAGAACCAGAAGUCGAGAAGAAGAAGAGCAAAUGUUGCAGUUGCCCGCGCCUUUGCCAAGAUAAAAACUUCAACAGGCCGCUGUACAGGGACGACAUAUUCUAUGCUGGUUCUGUGUAUACGUUGCGGCAGUUCGAUAAGAGGGAUGGAUCGAAGAUAACGAUAACAUCGAACAAUCCGUCACGAAAAUUGAGUUAUCAUAUGUCCGUAUCAAGAGUGAUCACCCAGAAGGAUAUCGAGGAGAGCAGAGAGUGUCAAUGCUGUCCUGAAGCUUUCGUUAGAGUUUUGGUGACUAUGCUUGAUUAUAGGUUAUUCAAACAAUUGGCCUUCGUGAUGCUGACCGCCAGCGGCUUCCUCACCAUGAUCGGCCUCUACAUCCCGUUCGUGUUUAUCGUCGAGCGCGGCUACGAACUGGGUUUCGGCCCCACCCAGGCCACCCUCCUCCUCUCGGCGAUGGGUGGGGCCAACGUGGUGGGCAGGGUGGCGUGCGGCAUCGUCUCCAUCUUUCCCAAGAUGGACGCGCUGGUCGUCAGCUGGGUGACGCUGGUGCUGGGCGGACUCAUUACUGUCGCGUCCGGGUUCAUCCAGAACUUCAGCGGGCAGCUUUUCUUCGUCAGUAUUUUCGGAAUUUGUGUCGCUAGUUUCACGACAUUGCGCACUGUGGUGCUGGCAAACAUGCUGGGAUUGGAUAACCUCACCAACGCUUUCGGCAUCACGAUACUGUUCUAUGGUCUGGCGAGCUUCGUCGGAAUACCGCUGAGUGGGUACAUACAGAAUGUGAGCGGAUCGUACGGCAACUGCUUCGUUUUCGCCGGUAGUGCACUCUUCCUGAGUGGAAUACUCCUUAUUCCCAUUAAUAAGGUUAGUGAGUGGGAAUCUAAGAAGAAAAAACCUAGAGUUGUGCAAUUUAGAGUUUAAGAUUCAGAUUGAAG